AUGCCGGCACUGGUGGAUGAGGAGGGGGCGGAGAGCUGGAGCCAGGCCCCACCGCUGUAUGAGGAGUAUCGCCCACCGCCGCUGGAUGCCAUCCGCCUGCCCAGGUAUGUGCUGUACCUGCUGCUGGCUGCGCUCCUGGUGGUGGUUGUGGCCUACGCCAUUGUUGGGCAUCUCAUCAAGGACCUCGCCCACGACCUGGCCGACUGGGCCUUUGGCCCAAAGCCAGACCAGGAGGACGCCCCCCGGGAGCUGCGCCCAAGCCUGGAGGGCGAGGAUCUGGAGGAGCUAGACCUGCAGCUGGCCCUGGCCUGGCAAGGUGAUGAGGACACUGGCAGGCAUGGCGAGGGGGCCCCUGCUGUAGCCCCUGCCCCCCACCGCCCCUCCAUCGCUUUCAAGGAACCACCCAUUCAAAGCUCCUUCUGGAGGCUGAGCUGAGCCAGAUGCCAGUCCUUGUGGUGUGGUACAGAUUGGACUUGUGCUCGCCGGAGCCCUUCCCCACUGGCCUGCCCUGUCUGCAGAGACCCUUCUUCUUGGCCGGCAGGCUCUGGGGGCUGGACGCUGACCGUUCCUGCACUCCUGCUCCCCCGCCUCCCCCAGAACUUAAUUCUACCCAGCCUCUGCCAAGCUGCUGGUGAUCUGUAAAUCGAGAAAGCAAAGGAGAUUUUUAAAAUAAUAAUAAUGGUAGCCAGCCCUUA